AUGCCGAACCACGGUGGCCGCCGGCGCCGCAGCAACGAAUGGGAGGAGCGGCGGCAGGCAGGCUCUGGCAGGCGAUACGGAAAUGCAAUGUGGCAAGAUUUCCACAUGAAGCGCGGAGAGGCUUACACGCACCGCCUCACAGAGGAAGAGGUUUACAACCGCGAGCCUGAAUUUCACAAGGUGCCCAUGGCCCUGCUCGGACGCACGUAUGAGACGCCGCGGAUGCCACCACACUUCAACCAUAUGCCGAUGCAGAAUGGGAUUGGGUGGGGAGGCUUCAUACCCCCGCCCGCGCCCGUCGUCGAUCAUGUGCAGCUCGUCCUGCAUAACAUUUUCCUGCUGCAGUGCUGCAACAGCAACGAGGGCCGAGGUGUGCAGCAGCUGGUCGCGCGGUUGAUGUUGAACUUCAAUAUCAACUACGCCACCGGUGCCACGCGGCUGGCGAGGUAUUGGGUCAUCGCAGCAAGCGCAGCGCAGCUCGUCAUCCUCAGCAUGUCGUCUUCCGCCAAUGCCAUUCUCACGGAGGCAGAGCGAGGGUUGCGAACCGCCACGUGGCCGCUCUUCGUCCGAAGUGCAACUACAGCAGGCAAUCGUGAUGUCGACUCCGACCACUAUCGCUUUCCGGGUGGAAGGCACAGCGCCCAUGGACUACUCGCUGUUUCUGGGGCUUGCCACCGCGCUGCUCUGGGUGAUUUGUGA